CCUUGCCCAGUCUCUCUGCAGUGGGACAGAACGGAGAGGCUCGUGGGACGCAGCUGCACCUACAGCCCAGAGGGGCAGCUGAGAGCGCUCCUCAGGAGGCAGCCCCAUCCAGGCAGGGCUGGGAACCUAGCACCCAGCCAUGAUACGGAGAGCCUUCCAGGUGGUAGCAAGAUGUGGCCAACAGGGAGCCCUCCUUAGGGCCCCCUGUAUCCUGCCCGGACUCAACCCUGCUUCAGCAUUUGGAUCCUCCACAGACUCCCUGGUCUCAAGAUUCUGUCCAGAGAAGACAGACUUGAAGGAUUAUGCCCUUCCCAAUGCCAGCUGGUGUCCAGAUAUGCUGAGCCUGUACCAAGAAUAUCUGGAGAAGACCAAGUCUGAUGGCUGGAUCAAACUGCCCUCCUUCAAGUCCAACAGAGAGCACAUCCAGGGGUUCCAGCUCCCAUCCGGGUUGGCAGUCGCCUCAGACAAAGAUGACUGUCGCAUCUUCACCAGGUGCAUCCAAGUGGAAGGACGAGGCUAUGAGUAUGUCAUCUUUUUCCACCCUUCCAAGAAGAAGUCUGUCUGUCUGUUCCAGCCAGGCCCCUACCUGGAGGGGCCCCCAGGGUUUGCUCACGGUGGGUCCCUGGCAGCCAUGAUGGAUGAGACCUUUUCUAAAACUGCCUACCUGGCUGGAGAGGGGCUGUUAACACUAAGCCUCAACAUCAGAUUCAAAAACUUGAUCCCCGUGGGCUCUCUGGCUGUCCUGAACGUUGACGUGGAAAAGAUUGAGGACCAGAAGCUUUACAUAUCCUGCGUCACCCAGAGCAGAGACGAGCAGAAAGUCUAUGCCAAAUCCUCAGGCAUUUUCCUUCAGCUACAGCUGGAAAAAGAGUCAUCCCAGCAAUAGUCACUGUGCCUUCAGGAGAGCCUACUGCUGACGGCCCUGCCCGCCUGGGACCCACUCUAGAGCGGUGGGGCGGGGAGGUUUCCCAGGAAGCAAUUGGUGAGGUGAGGGAGAGGGCCCUGGCUUCUGAGUAAAUAAA